AUGCAGUUCUCGCUCGUUGCCAUCGCCUCCCUUUUCGCAUCCGCCGAGGCUGCUCACUUGUGGAGCAAGCCCGCUGUGAAGCUGAUCAAGACCAAGCAAGCUGUUGCUACUAACUACACUUGGACCGUGACUGGUUGGAGUGCUGGUUGUGCUCGGGCUGGCUGUUAUUAUGACUUCAAUAUAAGCGCCCCGGCCUUUUCGGACUCAGUGCCCGCGUUCAGCGCUUAUUGCUCGGGGUUUGGCGAGGGCGCCCCUUACGAGGAGUGUGAUAUCCUCGACGAUGGAGCAAACCUCCACCAAGUUGCCGCCCGCCUGCAGGCUGUUAACACGACCGGCACGGGGGCUCACUUGGCUGUGAGCUACGAGUUUUCUGACCCUACUGCCGAGGGGACGUACUGGAACUACACGGCCUACACUGUCUCGUCGUACAACCAGUUCGUGGCGCCACCGUUGAACUUUACCGUGACUCCUACAGAGAUCUGGGGUGUCGCUUGA